GUGUUGUUUGGGUGUUUUGGGGUGUUUUUGGAGUGUUUGGGCGUUUGGAAGUGGGACAUUGUUGCAUUUCAUUGUAUCUAGUUCUUAUUCAGCUGCCUUUCAUACUGUCUGUGUGUGUGUGUGUGUGUGCAUCAGAAUAUUGUGUGUGUGUGUGUGUCAGACCAGUCUGUGUGUGCGUGUGCAUCAGAACAAUAAGUGUGUGUCUGUCAGAGUAAUGUUUGUAUCACACCAGUGUAUCUAUAUCAUAGCAGUGUGUGUGUGUGUGUGUGUGUGUGUGUUUCCAGACCGCUGCCCCGCUCCUGCCCCUGAUGAGGUCGCCCCCCUGUCCCCCCCCACCCAGCACGUGACCGAGCAGGCGCAUGGAUAACCAGCGCUGCCCUCGCCCUCGCCCCCCCCACCCCCACCCCCAGCCUAACAGCCAGCAGAGAGGGGCCCCCCCUCAGACCCACCCCCACCCCCAGCCCCAGCCUAACAGCCAGCAGAGAGGGGCCCCCGCCGCCCGCUCCCGGCCGACGGACCCCCCUGUGCUGUCCGAGUCGCCCUCUAUGGCCUCGCUGGCCCAGAGAGAGGAGCUGUUUGACCUGAUCGCCAGUUCUCAGAGCCGGCGGCUGGACGACCAGCGCGCCAGCGUAGGGGACCGGCUGGCCUUCGCCAUCGCCCAGAAUAACGUGCGCCACCUGUGCCCGACCUGCAACCCACAGGAGCCCUCCGACGACUUCUUCAACAUGCUCAUCAAAUACCAGUCCUGCAGACUGAAUGACCAGCGGUGCUCCAUGCCAGAGUGUGUCCCUGCAGCGGUGUCUGACCCAGACGAGGCCUUCUUCAGCCUCGUCCAGAGAGUGCAGGCCAAACGCAUGGACGAGCAGCGGGUGUCCUUCUACAGCGACAAGCCCGACGGCCACUCCGAACCCUCGUCACGCCCGGCCUCUGGAUCUAGUUGAAGCCCAGCAUGAGCACACACACACACACACACACACACACACACACACACACACACACACACACACACACAC